AUGUCAACAAAAAAUAAUAAAUCAAGUGAUGAAAAAUAUGUUUGCUUAUUUCAUUUUCCUCAUCCUUAGAAACAGAAAAAAAAUUACUUUGCUUUAAUUAUUGUGGUCUGUCAUGUGACAAAUAUGUUUUAAAUUCCUUGGAGGAAUUGAUUUUGUCAUAACAAAUAACCGAUUCGAAAGUGUGACGAAAAAUGAACCAAUCAGUUACUGUGUACACGUUAAUCAUAGCCGUAUUAUUUGGAAUGGUACAGUCUAUUCGAGAACUGCCAUACAUUUCUGUGGACUCAAAACAAAGCGAUGAGGAGCAGUUUCAAUACAAAGUUGUAAUACCACCUGUACAAACAACAGAAGUAAACAGGUACAUUUGCUAUUCAAAAUCAUUGGAAGAGAUAGGCGAAAGUUAUAUAACAAAGUUGUUAACUGAGCCUGACCCAAUCGUUAAACCACAUCAUGUCGACGCCGGUCUGUGCCUAGAACCAUUACAUGAAGAUGCUUCAUGGGAUUGUCAAAGAGGACUAGCAUGCAAAGGUGAUGCUGUUGAGUUCAGUGUUACAGACAAUUUCCAGUCUGUUGAUAAACCUUUUUACGUUCUUCCAAAAGAUGUAUCAGCAAAGGUUGGUGGAAAUGGAAAGAAAUAUUUUUUAAUUGUCCAGAUGCAUAUCUACGAACCAUUAUUAGAACCUGCAUCGCCAGCUAAUAUAACUUUAACAUUCAAGAAAAGACCAACAAAGUAUAAUUACCAGAAGUUUUUACUUGGCAAUGACGGUUUCGUUCCUGCAAAUAAACCAAAUGGUUUCUUUACACAUGUUGGUUGCGAAUGGAAAAGACCAACAGCAAUUGCCUUUCAUUAUUAUGUUCAUACACAUGUCCAUGGUGUUUUCGCCGAAGGAUUUCUUAUUCGAAAUAAUACUUGGACAUUCCUUGGUGGACAGAAAACUAGAGAAAGACAUCAGGUAUGGUUUGAUGUCGUGAACGGACCAGUAGAAAUACGACCUGGUGAUAUUCUAGCUUCACGUUGUUUGUUUAUCAAUAAUGAAGAAAAAGAUAUUGAUCUUAAAUCAGAAGAUACCUGCAUAUUCCAGCUUAGUGUUGGAUAUGACAUACAAUACCGGGAGUAUUUUGCACGUCCACCGGGCUGUAUUUCGAAAUCACCUGAUUUUACCUUUUGUAGUAACGAAAAAACAGCUGCACUUUGUGAUAGUUAACUAGUUAUAUUCAUUGUUACAUAUGUACUGUUAUCUGUGAUUUAAUUGUAAUAAUGCUUGAAAUCACAUUUAGGUAUUCGUACAUUUACUUGACGCUGAUAUAUGAAUAAUUGAAACCUCAAUUUGGUACGCCAAUCUAACAUCAUCUUUUAAAUAGUGUUCUUUUCGUUGUGACAUCAACCUUUAGCGUCCUUUGCCAUGUGACCGGUUAAAAAAUUAGAGGAUUCCCAUAUUUUCAAUCUAGGUUUGUUUCAAUUUUUAGCAAUAAAACAUUGAAAAGUAUAACUUGUUGACUGCUGUUUUAUUAACUUGGACAUGUUUAAUGAUUAUGUCUGUUUUAUUCACACAUCGCUGUCAAUUCAGUUGAGUUUAAGCAAAGUGAGAGGUUUAGCUAGCUAUACAACCAGGCCUAAUCCACCCUUUUUGACAUGAGAAAAUGACUGUACCUAUUCAAGAAUAUGACAGUUGUUGACCAUUCGUUUGAUGUGUUUGAGCUUUUAAUUUUGCAAUUUAAUUAAGAAUUUCCGUUUUCAAUUUUUCUCGGCAAAUUUGAUAUUUUUACUUUUUGCCAUCUUAUCUUGAUAAACAUAUUUUUUCUUUUUCGCAAAUGAUUCGUUUCAUACUUCCACCUAACGAGAGUGCAUAUUGUUGGUGUUAAGGUGAAUUGUUCAUAGCUAUCGGAACAAUAGAUGGACUGAAAACUAAAUAUACGGUUGGUGGUUGGUUUAAUAUUCCUUGAAUUUUGUUUUUUUGCCCAAUUCUGCUUUUCAAAAUUAAGUUAUGUUUGUAAACAUGGGACAGUGUUGGUUUUGAAUGAAGGGUAUUCGUAUAUUUGUUCAGUUUUCAUUGUAUCGUAUAAUGAUCACUUCACAUGAACUUGAAUUUAUCGCAAAUGAAAAUAAGUAAAACACAACUGAAAAAUUCCCCUAUAUGACUUUAACAUACACAACGUGUAAUGGUAUUGUGUAGCUACAACAUUUGUCUACCUUUAUAUUUCUAAUAUAAUAAGUUUGUAAAACAU